CUUCACUUUGAUACCACGGAAGAAGUCUUCAUUACAAAUAUUGUAACAUGUAUCCUCAACUCUUUUUUUUCUUUGCUUACAUGCAUAGGAAACUUUAUUGUUGUAUUUGUGAUUGGAAAAACCCGAGAUCUUCAUUCGCCAUCGUUCAUCCUUUUGGGUUGUCUUGCGGUUUCAGACCUUCUGGUUGGCCUUUUAUGUCAACCGCUUUUUGUGGGGUAUAAAAUAGCGGAACUUGAGAAGAAUUUCGCUGUGUUUUGUACUUUGAACGUGGUUCAGUCUCUAUCAGGUUUUACGACAUCUGGUGUUUCUUUUGCCAUCUUAGCUGCAGUGUCAAUUGACCGACUUUUAGCACUAACUCUUCAUCUACGAUACAACACGAUUGUCACCGUUCCUCGCGUGUUUCAAACAACUAUUGCUUUGUGGAUCUUUGCUACAGUGACCGUAUUACUGAGGUUUUGGAUGGCAAACAAAUGGUAUUUUAUUGCGAUAGCAUUAGGCUUUCUUACAUUCUUUGUCAUCAUGAUAAGUAUCUGGAAAAUAUUCCGAAUUGUUCGAAAGCACCAACAGCAAAUAAAGGAGCAAACUAUAGCUGUCAGCCAUGUUCCGGCCAACACAGUGAACAUACUCAAAUGCAGAAAAUCAGCUGUGACAGUGCUUUAUAUCUACGGUUUGUUCUUAAUUUUUUAUCUUCCUUUUAUGGUAUUGCUGAUGAUAAAAAAAUUUGUCGGAUAUACGAGAACAGUAAGGAUUGUCUAUGAGUAUGCUGCAACUGCUGUUUUCAUCAACUCUUGUUUGAAUCCAGUUGUGUACUGCUGGAGAAUCGGUGAGAUACGACGCGCUAUGAAAAAUUUUUUAAGGAGAUCAAUCAGAGAAUGACAGGUCUGCUUAUUUACAAAGCUGUCCUGUGUUUUGAAUAGAUAUGAACGUCAAACUAUAAACGCUUUAUUUGCUCGAGUGGAGUGCUAGUAGCUGGAUGAGCUAAGUGCACUUUCCACGAUAAACAAGCCUUUAGCAAGUCCUUUCAAAGUUUAAUUAAUUCAAAGGCUAGCUGAGCGGGCACAAUACACGAUUUUAAUGUCUUUUGCGUUUUAAUAGAGAAGGAUUGUAAAAAGUCUGACUGGCAUUGAGAACCACAAGAAUGACAAUCAAAAGAGUCGGUUGUCUAAAUGAGAUUAUUCGGCUUUUCGAGAGUUGCCUUUCCAAAAUACGUCAGGAGGAAGCAAUCGCGAGUACGUAGUUUGAUAAAGAGUCUCUUUAAAUUAUGAAUCAGAUAACGCACACCUGAUAAACUAAAUUUCGGAGCCUACGCUUAUUAAAAGACGUUUUUUCCUAACCCAAAGCCCCUAUUAAGACACACGUUCCGAAUUAAAUAGCGCGAAAAGCAACUUCUACCUUAGACUUUCAAAAAAGUCCCUCGUCGGAUUUCAUAUGGCGCGGUGUCAGUGUGAUACGUGACCUUAUAGUUUUGCUCCAACGAGGAUAUCUGCCAGCGAUUUUUCUCUUUUAUAUGAAAUGAUGGGAGGCUCGUUGUAUAUUUCUUUCGGUAGUAGUUGAUCUUGAAUUCAGUGCCAUUGGCUCAUUAAAAUGUUUUUAAGGUUCUGCAAAGCAGGGUGGUACGUGGUAACGAAAGGCAGAAUUUUCUUUCGCACUUCAUUGCUCUUUUGUAAAGCUGACUUCCGUUCGGUAAAUUUAUCCUCAGAGGUGAUUUUUUCUAUGAGAUUGUGAGGGUAACCUCUAGCGCGAAGGCGUUUUUUGAAGUUGUAGAUGUUUUCAUAGAAGAAUUAAGCUGACGAGUUAGUUCUCGGAAGUCUAAGGGCUUCGCCCUUUAUGAGACCUUUUCCGACCCCGUGAGGGUUACAGGAAGGGAAAUGCGUGUAUUGAAAAGUCUCUGUAGGUUUAAAAUGUGUACGGAUGUCAAGGAUUCCUUGGUUGUGAAAUAUUGACUCGAGAUUGAAGGAAGCUUUUGUUUUUUGCCGGCCCCCUGAGGUCCUCAACUUUCGCCAAAAAUCAUUGUUAGAGACAACUUUCUCACAAAGUAAACAAAUUUGCUCCUUCGAUGAUGGAGAUACACACACACGUUCAAUAGAUUUAGUCGGAGUGGAAUCAACACAUUCCGCCAUUGAAAAUGAAACCGGAAACCCCAAAUGCGAGUCACGCCACUCCCCAUUUUUGGCGCGAAAUGCAAAUGGAAAGCCAUCAAGCGAGACAAGUCGACCUCUCGCGACUUCGUCGCUCGCUGUCGCCCGCUUCGCGGCCAAACAAGGCUCGCUCCGCUCGCCAACAGGUCGACUUGUAGCAAGUCUACUUCUACCUCAGUGCUGUUCGUCUCUUAAAGAACUCGAAAAGUUCUUGUAGGUCUCCGAGUGACAUUAUCACCAAUGUUGUCUUUGCUUUCUUACAUUAUAUUGUUGAAUUUGUAUUUUUCUGUAUAAUUUUUUCCACUUUGUACAGAUAACUGAGAACAGAUUAAACUUGAAAUCACAUUCCAAAUAUCUCGGUUAAGAUGGAUAUUUUAAACUCCAUAUUUGGUCUUUAAAUCCUGCAAUAAUAUAUUGUCUAUCUCUUAUUGUAAAAUUUGUAUAAAGGAAACAUUUCCUCAUGGUAAAGGCAUGCUGGUGGUCAAAUAAUCUAAUAAUAAUAGUUAUAAUUAUAAUUGUGAUAAUAAAAUAAAACUACCAGAAAAUACCACCCUUUCCUGCGACAGUAACAAAUCACUUUUGAUGGAAACGCUUACUAGAAUAAGCUAAAUCCUCGCGUAGCAAUUAUAUCCCUUUAGUGUAAGACCAAGCAUUAAAUAAAUACACCGUUGCAGCAAAUAUUGCUCACUGAAGUAUUCGUCAUUUUUAAGCAUGUUAACGGGUGGCCAACAUUGUUUCGAGACCUGAAAACCAAUUUUAAUUGUAUCUGUGAACGUAAACAACUAGUCAAUUUCUUAUAUAAGGAAGCAAGUAAAAUUGGCGUUAGUUCGGUCAAAUUGGCAAUCCUACAUAUUGAAACAAAAAAUGAAAAUUUGCUUCAAAUAGUUAAAAAAAGAUUUGUAUUUCGUACUUACGAUUUCUUAAGACCAACAAAGUUCAAGAGAAACCCUUAAAAAAUACCGCCAGUCGAAUCCUGAUUCAGUGAAAAAGGACAGAAAGAUUGGGAUCUACUUAACUGGCUCAAAGCGACUUUCCAGCAACUUCGUCUUAUUUGUUCACAACAAGCUUUGUUUGCCAUGAACCAAACAGGAAAAAACUGUUUCUUUUUUGAAGACAAGAACGUUAACUUCGAUAGAACGGAAGGUGUUUUUACCGCAAACAUUGUAACGUGUAGUCUAAAUUGUCUAUUCUCUCUGGUGACGUGUUUGGGAAACUUUCUUAUUGUUUUUACAAUUGGAAAAACCCAAGAACUUCAUUCUCCAACGUUCAUCCUUUUGGGCUGCCUGGCGGUUUCAGACCUUCUGGUCGGCCUUAUAUGUCAACCAUUCUUUGUGGCACAUAAAAUAGCUGAACUUAAGGAGAAUUUCGCAGUGUUCUGUAAAUUGAAAGUGCCUCAGUCUCUAUCAGCUUGGAUAACAGGUAGCGCUUCUUUGUUCAUCUUAGCUGCAGUGUUAAUUGACCGACUUCUGGCACUAACUCUUCAUCUACGAUACAACACGAUUGUCACCGUUCCACGCGUGUUUCAAACCACGUUUAUUUUGUGGAUGUUUGUGACAGUGACCGUAUUACUGAGGUUUUGGAUGACAAACAAAUGGUUCUUUAUUCCGAUAGGAUUAGGCUUCCUUUUUUUCUCUGUGAUCAUGGCAAGUAGCUGGAAAAUAUUCAGAAUUGUUCGAAGGCACCAACAUCAGGUAAAGGACCAAGACAUGGCGGUCAGCCAUCUUCAAAACAAAACAAUGAACAUACUCAAAUGCAGAAAAUCAGCUGCCACAGUGCUUUAUAUCUACGGGUUGUUCUUAAUUUUCUAUCUUCCAUACAUGGUUCUGUUGUUGGUGGAAACAUUUAUCGGGUUCUCGAGAACAGUAAGGAUUGCCUAUGACUAUGCUGCAACAGCUAUUUUCAUUAACUCCUUUUUAAACCCGGUUUUGUACUGUUGGAGAAUCAACGAGAUACGGCGUGCUGUGAAGAAUAUCAUGAGAAGAAAUCUUGUAUGGUGAAUUCAGGUUUAACACGGACGGACUCCUUUAAACGUUUUGUAUAACAUUCUCACACUUUCUAUGAAACGUUAAGUCCAACUCGAAGGACCGGGAGCUCUCACGGCUGUUGUUUAGGAUAAGCUUUAUUUGUUUAUCUAAGGUUGAGAAUAAAGUAAAUAUUUUUAUGCAUUUCUCCUCAGCUGUUUCUUAACAUAUAUGCCUUCUUGGUAGUUAAUUAAUUUCGCGAGUCUUUUUGCGAUUUUAGAAAAAAAUCGCCAAAUUAAAGACCCACGAAUACUGAAAUCGUCGCGAAAAUUAAUACCCAUAUAGAAAAUUCAAAUUACAGAAAAAAAAAUAACAAGUAAUAACAGCAAAAAAAACAGAAUAUACAUCGACAAAUACUCAUUUUUUAAAUUGGUUUUACUGUUAAGUUCUGUUUUGUAUGUUCUAUUGUGAAAUAAUAAUAAUAAUUUUAUUAUGACUAUCUUGUCCCGAACCUUUCUCGCUGCGUAUUAUAACGGUUUAGAUAAAAAGAUAGAGCCCGGAAACCAUAAUGAGUGCAUUUAUGGAAAUAGUUGACUACAUUAUAAAUUUUACAGUAAUAAUUAGAAUGUUUGUCACCAAAUAUAUGGCUUAAAAUUCUUUGAGGAAUCUUGUUUCGGGGUCCGAAACCUGUCACUGGCCUGAAGCAUAAAAAGAGCUGUCUCACGAAAUUUAUGAAUCUCAGACUGCGAAAACUGCCACCACAUUGAGCGAAACAUAAAAAUAACCGCUCAAAACUUUAGAAAAAGAUAUAAAUAUCACAACAAAUAGACUAAUUAGAGAAGAUGUUGAAGAAUAUUGAAACGGAUGGCAAUUGUGGUCUUUGGAAACCGGUCAGCCAAACCGUUUUUUAACGUUCAGAAUUAUUUGUUGAGAGACGUAUUUGUUUGACACGAAGCUGCAAUUUUGUCAUUCAUAAGUAAUUUCUCCAGUUCCAAGGCAAACAAGGACGCGUAAUUGGCAUUAUUAACAUCAAGAUGAGCUGGGUAGCAGUGACACAACUCCUUUAGGGCCCUCAUGGCUCAAGUUCUGUCCCAGCAAAUCGUCAUUCAAAAAAGAAGAAGACGAAAAAAAACUCAAAAAGUCGGUGUUCGUAAGUCCACCGUGAAACUGCCACCGAUCUUUCUUUCUUAACGUCUAAUGGUACAAUAUAGUCAGAACAGCAGCCGUUGAACUUCUAACUUCCUGUUAUGAUUUUCUACCUUGAUAAAGAUGACUGAGAACAGAUUAAACUUGGAAUCGCAUUCUGAAUGUCAACGUUUGGAUGGAUGUUUUCCACUCAAUAUUAAUUUGGUCUUUAAAAACCUGAAAUAAUAUGGUGUCCAUCUUAUUGGAAUGCUUAACAUUGUAAAACUGCAUUGUCAUUGAACUGUAAUAUUGAAACAUUGGUUAUGGUAAAGGUUUUCGCGUGUAGUCUCCUCUUGUGAAUUAAAAAUAAAUGCCCUUCUCACGGGCAUAAGUUAAAAUCUGAUGAUCACUGAAUGGUUUCGAAGCUACACUAAGUACUCGCCUAGCAUCAGUUUAUAUGCCUCAAGUGUGGUGCCAAAGAUUUACAUCGUUGCAGCAAAUAUUGGUGCUAGAUGUAUUCGUCAUUUUAAGUAUGUUAACGUGUGACAACCAAUCGUAAUUGUAACUGUGAACGUAAACAAGUAGUCCUUUAUUUAUGUCAUGACGUAAGCAUAAAACUGGCAAUUAGUUUUGAAACCACUGUUCUUUAAACAAGUGCUAUGUUGUAUAUUAGGGAAAUGUUGAAGUGUGUUUGAUCAGUUGAAUCGAUCUACGUAUGUUUUUUCUUACUCGUAAAAAGAGUUUUAGUUGGUAUAUGAGCAUCAGAGGGCAAAAAAAAGCAAGGAAAAAACAAUCGAAUCCGAACGCUGACUCCAUGAAAAGGGACCAGACAAAGAAAGACUGGUUUCAAUUCAUCUGGCUCUAGCUGAGAACGGCUUUCUGGCAGCACGCUUUGUUCGCCAUGAACAAUACAGAAGAGGACUGUUUCUUCUUUGAAGAUCAGCUUCACUUUGAUACCACGGAAGAAGUUUUCAUUACAAAUAUUGUAACAUGUAUCCUGAACUCUUUCUUUUCUUUGCUAACAUGCAUAGGAAACUUCAUUGUUGUAUUUGCGAUUGGAAAAACCCGAGAUCUUCAUUCGCCAUCGUUCAUCCUUUUGGCUUGUCUUGCGGUUUCUGAUCUUCUUGUCGGCCUUAUAUGUCAACCCCUUUUUGUGGGGUAUAAAAUAGCGCAACUUGAGAAGAAUUUCGCUGUGUUUUGUACUUUAAGCGUGGUUCAGUCUCUGUCAGGUUGGACAACAGGUGGCGUUUCUUUUCUCAUCUUAGCUGCAGUGUCAGUUGACCGACUUUUAGCACUAACUCUUCAUCUACGAUACAACACGAUUGUCACCGUUCCUCGCGUGUCUCAAGCAACUGUUGCUUUGUGGAUCUUUGCUACAGUGACCGUUUUACCGAGGUUUUGGAUGGCAAACAAAUGGUAUUUUAUCCCGAUAGCAGUAUGGUUUCUUACAUUCUUUGUCAUUAUGAUAAGUAUCUGGAAAAUAUUCCGAAUUGUUCGAAAGCACCAACAGCAAAUAAAGGACCAAACUAUAGCUGUCAGCCAUCUUCCCGCCUUCAAAGUAAACAUAUUCAAGUGCAGAAAAUCAGCUGUGACAGUACUUUAUAUCUAUGGUUUGUUGUUAAUUUUUUAUCUUCCUGUCAUGGUAUCGUUGAUGAUGAAAACAUUUAUCGGAUAUACGAGAACGGUAAUGAUUGUAGAUGAGUAUGCUGCAACUGCUGUUUUCAUCAACUCUUGUUUGAAUCCAGUUGUGUACUGCUGGAGAAUCAGCGAGAUACGACGCGCUGUGAAAAAUUUUAUAAGGAGAUCAUCCAGAAAAUAACAUGUCUGCUUAAUCUGCAAAGCUGAUAGAUAUGAAAGUCAAACUAUACGCGCUUUAUUUGUUAGGAAGUCCUUUCAGACAGGGGCACCCAACUAGGAUAUAGUUCAAAACCACUUAACAUAGCAUUUUUGAACUCAUUUUAGUAUUUAAACGGUAGAUAUAGGCAUAUUUUUAUCCCCUAAAAACUUUUUAUCUGUUCGGAUUUCCCAGCUGAAAGUCUAGUGAUCCGAAAAUGAUAGGGAUCAAAACUUACCGUUUCGAAAAUUUCAGCCAGGAAAAGGCUCCCGAAAAUUCUAGGUGGCCUUUUUUAGGGUAAAAAUCCGUUAAAAAUGGGUAAUUAUACCAUUUUGUAGAUGUUCGAAAAUCUUAGGAGAGGCAGGCGAGCAAGACAUUUUACAACAAGUGUUCCGAAAAUUCUAGAUCUCAAAUCGUCUUCCGAACAGAUAUUUUCCUAAAAUUGCCGUUGGGUGCCCCUGUUUCAAAGUUGGGUUAAUUAAAAGGCUAGCUGAGCGGGCACAAUACACGAUUUUAAUGUCUUUUGAGUUUUAACAGAGAAGGAUUGUGAAAAGUUUGACUGGGAUUGAGAACUACAAGAAUGACAAUCAAAAUCGUCGGUUGUCAAAAUUAGGUCAUUCGGCUUUUCGAGAGCUGCCUUUCCAAAAUACGUCAAAGAAGCAAUCGCGAGGGCGUAGUUUGAUAAAGAGCCUCUCUAAAUUAUGAAUCAGAUAACGCACACCUGAUAAAGUAAAUUUCGGAGCCUACGCUUAUGAAAAGACGUUUUUUCCUACCCAAAGCCCCUAUUCCCCUAAGACACACGUUCCGAAUUAAAUAGCGCGAAAAGCAACCUCUACCUCAGUCCUGCUCGUCUCUUAAAGAACUCGACAAGUUCUUGUAGGUCUUUAGUGACAUUAUCACCAAUGUUGUCCUUGCUUUGUCACAUUAUAUUGUUGAAUUUGUAUUUUUCUGUAUAAUUUUUUCCACUUUGUACAGAUAACUGAGAACAGAUUAAACUUGAAAUCACAUUCCAAAUAUCUCGGUUACGAUGGAUAUUUUAAACUCCAUAUUUGGUCUUUAAAUCAUGAAAUAAUAUAUUGUCUAUCUCUUAUUGUAAAACUUGCAUAAAUGAAGCAUUUUCUCAUGGCAAAGGAAUGCUGGUAGUCAAAUAAUCUAAUAAUAAUAGUUACAAUUAUAAUUGGAAUAAUAAAAUAAAACUACCAGAAAAUACCACCCUUUCCUGCGACGGUAAAAAAUCACUUUUGACGGAAACGCUUAGAAUAAGCUAAAUCCUCGCGUAGCAAUUAUAUCCCUGUAGUGUAAGACCAAGCAUUAAAUAAAUACACCGUUGCAGCAAAUAUUGCUCACUGAAGUAUUCGUCAUUUUUAAGCAUGUUAACGGGUGGCCAACAUUGUGUCGAGUCCUGAAACUAACUGUAAUUGUAGCUGUGAACAUAAACAACUAAGUCAAUUUCUUAUACAAUAAAGCAGGUAAAAUUGGCAGUUAGUUCGGUCCAAUUGGCAAUCCUACAUAUUAAAACAAAAACUGAAAAUUUGCUUCAAAUAUUUAAAAAAAGAUCUGUAUUUCGUAGUGACGAUUUCUAAAGACCAACAAAGUUCAAGAGAAACACUUAAAAAAUACCGCAAGUCGAAUCCUGACUCAAUUCUUAAUUUUCUUUCUUCCAUACAUGGUUCUGUUGGUGGUGGAAACAUUUAUCGGGUUCUCCAGAACAGUAAGGAUUGCCUAUGACUAUGCUGCAACAGCUAUUGUCAUUAACUCCUUUUUAAACACCCGGUUUUGUACUGUUGGAGAAUCAGCGAGAUACGGCGUCGUAUGAAGAAUAUCAUGAGAAGAAAUCUUUUAUAGUCAAUUCAGGUUUAACACGGACGGACUCCUUUAAACGUUUUGUAUAACAUUCUUACACUUUCUAUGAAACGUUGUUUUAGUCCAACUCGAAGGACCGGGAGCUCUCACGGCUGUUGUUUAGGCUAAGCUUUCUUUGUUUAUCUAAGGUUAAGAAUAACGUAAAUAUUUUUAUGCAUUUCUCCUCAGCUGUUUCUUAACAUAUAUGCCCUCUUGGUAGUUAAUUAAUUUCGCGAGUCUUUUUGCGACUUUAGAAAAAAUCGCCAAAUUAAACACCCACGAAUACUGAAAUCCCAUAUAGAAAAUUCAAAUUGCAGAAAAAAAAUUAACAAGUAAUAACAGCAAAAUAUACAGAAUAUUCAUCGACAAAUACUGGCACAUGGAAAUAAUUGACUACAUUAUAAUAAUAAUAAUUAAUAAUAAUUAGAAUGUUUGCCACCAAAUAUAUGGCUUAAACUGAAUUCUUUGAGGAAUGUUGUUUCGGGGUCCGGAACCUGUCACUGCCCUGCAGCAUAAAAAGAGCUGUCUCACGAAAUGUAUGAAACUCAGACUGCGAAAACGGCCACCAAAUUGAGCGAAACAUAAAAAUAACCUCUCAAAACGUUAGAAAAAGAUAUAAAUAUCACAACAAAUACGCUAAAAAAAGGGAAGAUGUUGAAGAAGAUUGAAGCGGAUGGCAAAUCAUGUGGUUUUUGCAAACCGGUUAGCCUAACUGUUUUUUAAAGUUAAGAAUUAUUUGUUGAGAGACAUAUUUGUUUAGCACGAAGCUGUAAUAGACCUAUUCGGCUAACUCAAUGUUGUACCCAAUUCAAACCCUUUGAGAAUAAAACGUUUUGUUUCAACAAUUUCCAUAUCAUUUAAAUGUGAAUUGCACAUUAUAAUGCAAAUACAAUACACAAAAGAAUCUUAACCCCGGGAGAUUUGAAUUGGGUAUAACAUUGAGUAAGCGGAAUAGGUCUAUUUUGUCAUUCAUAAAUAAUUUCUCCAGUUCCAAGGCAAACAAGGACGCGUAAUUGGCAUAUGAUAAUUAACAUCAAGAUGAGCAUUGUAGGUAGCCUUGACACAACCCCUUUAGGACUUAUGGCUCACGUUCUCUCUCUGCAAAUCGUCUCUCAAAAAAGAAAAAAAAAAAACUCAAAAAGUCGGUGUUCGUAAGUCUACUGUGAAACUGCCACCGAUCUUUCUUUCUUAACGUCUAAUGGUACAAUAUAUUCAGAACACCCAGCUGUUGAACUUAUAACUUCCUUUUAUGAUUUUCUACCUUGAUAAAGAUGACUGAGAACAGCUUAAACUUGGAAUCACAUUCCGAAUGUCAACGUUUGGAUGGAUGUUUUUCACUCAAUAUUAAUUUGGUCUUGAUGCUUAACAUUGUAAAACUGCAUUGUUAUUGAACUUUAAUAUUGAAACAUUGGUUAUGGUAAAGGUAUUCGCGUGUAGUCUCAUCUUUUGAAUUAAAAAUAAAUGCCCUUUUCACAGGCAUAAAUUAAAAUCUGAUGAUCGCUGGAAAGGUUCCGAAGCUUCACUAAGUACUCGCUUACCAUUUAUAUGCCUUAAGUGUAGUGCCAAACAUUUACAUCGUUGCAGUUAAUAUUGUUCCUAGAAGUAUUCAUCAUUUUAAGUAUGUUGACGUGUGAUAAACAUCGUUGCGAUUCAGGACAACCAAUCGUAAUUGUCAGUGUGAGCGUAAAGAAGUAGUCCAUUAUUUGUUAUGACGUAGGUAUAAAACUGGCAAUUAGUAUUGUCACGAACGUGCCUUAAAAAAGUGCAAUGUUGUACAUUAGGAAAAUUUUGAAGUGUGCUUGAUUAGUUGAAUCGAUUUACGUAUGCUGAGUUUUUUUUCAGUCGUAGCCUGAGCUUGAGUUAGUAUAUGAGCAUCAGAGGACAAGAAAAAAAAUGAAAAAAAAUUACCAGUGCAAUCCGAACGCUGACUCCAUGAAAAGCGACUAGAUAAAGAAAGACUGGUUUCAGUUCAUUUGGCUCUGAGAACGGCUUUCUGACAGCACGCUUUGUUCGCCAUAAACAAUACAGAAAAAGACCGUUUCUUCCUCGAAGUUCAGCUUCACUUUGAUAGCACGGAAGAAGUCUUCAUUACAAAUAUUGUAACAUGUAUCCUCAACUCUUUCUUUUCUUUGCUUACAUGCAUAGGAAACUUUAUUGUUGUAUUUGUGAUUGGAAAAACCCGUUCCGAAUUAAAAAGCGCGAAAAGCAACCUCUACAUCAGUGCUGCUCGUCUCUUAAAGAACUCGAAAAGUUCCCGUAGGUCUCUAGGGACAUUAUCACCAAUAUUGUCCUUGCUUUCUUACAUUAUAUUGUUGAAUUUGUAUUUUUCUGUAUAAUUUUUUCCACUUUCUACAGAUAACUGAGAACAGAUUAAUCUUGAAAUCACAUUCCAAAUAUCUCGGUUAAGAUGGAUAUUUUAAACUCCAUAUUUGGUCUUUAAAUCCUGAAAUAAUAUAUUGCCUAUCUCUUAUUGUAAAGGCAUGCUGGUAGUCAAAUAAUCUAAUAAUAAUAGUUAUAAUUAUAAUUGUAAUAAUAAAAUAAAACUACCAGAAAAUACCACCCUUUGCUGCGACGGUAACAAAUCACUUUUGAUGGAAACGUUUAGAAUAAGCUAAGUCCUCGCGUAGCAGUUAUAUCCCUUUAGUGUAAGGCCAAGCAUACACCGUUGCAGCAAAUAUUGCUCACUGAAGUAUUCGUCAUUUUUAAGCAUGUUAACGGGUGGCCAACAUUGUUUCGAGACCUGAAAACCAAUUUUAAUUGUAUCUGUGAACGUAAACAACUAGUCAAUUUCUUAUAUAAGGAAGCAAGUAAAAUUGGCAGUUAGUUCGGUCAAAUUGGCAAUCCUACAUAUUAAAACAAAAAAUGAAAAUUUGCUUCAAAUAGUUAAAAAAAGAUUUGUAUUUCGUACUUACGAUUUCUUAAGACCAACAAAGUUCAAGAGAAACCCUUAAAAAAUACCGCCAGUCGAAUCCUGACUCAGUGAAAAAGGACAGAAAGAUUGGGAUCUACUUAACUGGCUCAAAGCGACUUUCCAGCAACUUCGUCUUAUUCGUUCACAACAAGCUUUCUUUGCCAUGAACCAAACAGGAAAAAACUGUUUCUUUUUUGAAGACAAGUACGUUAACUUCGAUAGAACGGAAGGUGUUUUUACCGCAAACAUUGUAACGUGUAGUCUAAAUUGUCUAUUCUCUCUGGUGACGUGUUUGGGAAACUUUCUUAUUGUUUUUACAAUUGGAAAAACCCAAGAACUUCAUUCUCCAACGUUCAUCCUUUUGGGCUGCCUGGCGGUUUCAGACCUUCUGGUCGGCCUUAUAUGUCAACCAUUCUUUGUGGCACAUAAAAUAGCUGAACUUAAGGAGAAUUUCGCAGUUUUCUGUAAAUUGAAAGUGCUUCAGUCUCUAUCAGCUUGGAUAACAGGUGGCGCUUCUUUGUUCAUCUUAGCUGCAGUGUUAAUUGACCGACUUCUGGCACUAACUCUUCAUCUACGAUACAACACGAUUGUCACCGUUCCACGCGUGUUUCAAACCACGUUUAUUUUGUGGAUGUUUGUGACAGUGACCGUAUUACUGAGGUUUUGGAUGACAAACAAAUGGUUCUUUAUUCCGAUAGGAUUAGGCUUCCUUUUUUUCUCUGUGAUCAUGGCAAGUAGCUGGAAAAUAUUCAGAAUUGUUCGAAGGCACCAACAUCAGGUAAAGGACCAAGACAUGUCAACCGCUUUUUGUGGGGUAUAAAAUAGCGGAACUUGAGAAGAAUUUCGUUGUGUUUUGUACUUUAAGCGUGGUUCAGUCUCUGUCAGGUUGGACAACGGGUGGCGUUUCUUUUCUCAUCUUAGCUGCAGUGUCAGUUGACCGACUUUUAGCACUAACUCUUCAUCUACGAUACAACACGAUUGUCACCGGUCCACGCGUCUUUCAAACCACGUUUAUUUUGUGGAUGUUUGUGACAGUGACCGUAUUACUGAGGUUUUGGAUGACAAACAAAUGGUUCUUUAUUCCGAUAGGAUUAGGCUUCCUUUUUUUCUCUGUGAUCAUGGCAAGUAGCUGGAAAAUAUUCAGAAUUGUUCGAAGGCACCAACAUCAGGUAAAGGACCAAGACAUGGCGGUCAGCCAUCUUCAAAACAAAACAAUGAACAUACUCAAAUGCAGAAAAUUAGCUGCCACAGUGCUUUGUAUCUACGGCUUGUUUUUAAUUUUCUAUCUUCCAUACAUGGUUCUGUUGGUGGUGGAAACAUUUAUCGGGUUCUCGAGAACAGUAAGGAUUGCUUAUGACUAUGCUGCAACAGCUAUUUUCAUUAACUCCUUUUUAAACCCGGUUUUGUACUGUUGGAGAAUCAGCGAGAUACGGCGUGCUGUGAAGAAUAUCAUGAGAAGAAAUCUUGUAUGGUCAAUUCAGGUUUAACACGGACGGACUCCUUUAAACGUUUUGUAUAACAUUCUCACACUUUCUAUGAAACGUUGUUAAGUCCAACUCGAAGGACCGGGAGCUCUCACGGCUGUCGUUUAGGCUAAAAUUUAUUUGCUUAUCUAAGGUUGAGAAUAAAGUAAAUAUUUUUAUGCAUUUCUCCUCAGCUGUUUCUUAACAUAUAUGCCUUCUUGGUAGUUAAUUAAUUUCGCCAGUCUUUUUGCGAUUUUAGAAAAAAAUCGCCAAAUUAAAGACCCACGAAUACUGAAAUCGUCGCGAAAAUUAAUACCCUUAUAGAAAAUUCAAAUUACAGAAAAAAAAAAUAACAAGUAAUAACAGCAAAAUAUACAGAAUAUCCAUCGACAAAUACUCAUUUUUUAAAUUGGUUUUACUGUUAAGUUCUGUUUUGUAUGUUCUAUUGUGAAAUAAUAAUAAUAAUUUUGUUAUGACCCGAUCUUGUCCCGAACCUUUCUCGCUGCGUAUUAUAACGGUUUAGAUAAAAAGAUAGAGCCCGGAAACCAUAAUGAGUGCAUUUAUGGAAAUAGUUGACUACAUUAUAAAUUUUACAGUAAUAAUUAGAAUGUUUGUCACCAAAUAUAUGGCUUAAAAUUCUUUGAGGAAUCUUGUUUCGGGGUCCGAAACCUGUCACUGGCCUGAAGCAUAAAAAGAGCUGUCUCACGAAAUUUAUGAAACUCAGACUGCGAAAACUGCCACCAAAUUGAGCGAAACAUAAAAAUAACCGCUCAAAACUAUAGAAAAAGAUAUAAAUAUCACGACAAAUAGACUAAUUAGAGAAGAUGUUGAAGAAUAUUGAAACGGAUGGCAAUUGUGGUCUUUGGAAACCGGUCAGCCAAACCGUUUUUUAACGUUCAGAAUUAUUUGUUGAGAGACGUAUUUGUUGGACACGAAGCUGCAAUUUUGUCAUUCAUAAGUAAUUUCUCCUGUUCCAAGGCAAACAAGGACGCGUAAUUGGCAUUAUUAACAUCAAGAUGAGCUGGGUAGCAGUGACACAACUCCUUUAGGGCCCUCAUGGCUCAAGUUCUCUCCCAGCAAAUCGUCAUUCAAAAAAGAAGAAGACGAAAAAAAACUCAAAAAGUCGGUGUUCGUAAGUCCACCGUGAAACUGCCACCGAUCUUUCUUUCUUAACGUCUAAUGGUACAAUAUACUCAGAACAGCAGCUGUUGAACUUAUAACUUCCUUUUAUGAUUUUCUACCUUGAUAAAGAUGACUGAGAACAGAUUAAACUUGGAAUCACAUCACGAAUGUCAACGUUUGGAUGGAUGUUUUCCACUCAAUAUUAAUUUGGUCUUUAAAAACCUGAAAUAAUAUGGUGUCCAUCUUAUUGGAAUGCUUAACAUUGUAAAACUGCAUUGUUGUUGAACUGUAAUAUUGAAACAUUGGUUAUGGUAAAGGUAUUCGCGUGUAGUCUCAUCUUCUGAAUUAAAAACAAAUGCCCUUUUCUAGGGCAUAAAUUAAAAUCUGAUAAUCGCUGGAAAGGUUCCGAAGCUACACUAAGUACUUGCCUGGCAUUUAUAUGCUUCAAGUGUAAUGCCAAACAUUUACAUCGUUGCAGCAAAUAUUGGUGCUAGAAGUAUUCGUCAUUUUAAGUAUGUUAACGUGUGACCAACAUUGUUGCGAUUUAGGACAACCAAUCGUAAUUGUCACUGUGAACGCAAACAAGUAGUCCAUUAUUUAUGUUAUGACGUAAGUAUAAAACUGGUAAUUAGUUGUGACACCACUGUGUUGUAUAUUAGGGAAAUGUUGAAGUGUGUUUCAUCAGUUGAAUCGAUCUACGUAUGUUUUUUCUCACUCCUAAAAAGAGUUUUAGUUGAUAUAUGAACAUCAGAGGACAAGAAAAACAAUGAAAAAAAAAAUCGAAUCCGAACGCUGACUCCAUGAAAAGCGACUAGAUAAAGAAAGACUGGUUUUAAUUCAUCUGGUUCUAGCUGAGAACGGCUUUCUGGCAGCACGCUUUGUUCGCCAUGAACAAUACAGAACAAGACUGUUUCUUCUUUGAAGAUCAGCUUCACUUUGAUAGCACGGAAGAAGUUUUCAUCACAAAUAUUGUAACAUGUAUCCUGAACUCUUUCUUUUCUUUGCUAACAUGCAUAGGAAACUUCAUUGUUGUAUUUGCGAUUGGAAAAACCCGAGAUCUUCAUUCGCCAUCGUUCAUCCUUUUGGCUUGUCUUGCGGUUUCUGAUCUUCUUGUGGGCCUUAUAUCUCAACCGCUUUUUGUGGGGUAUAAAAUAGCGCAACUUGAGAAGAAUUUUGCUGUGUUUUGUACUUUGAAAGUGGUUCAGUCUCUAUCAGGUUGGACGACAGCUGGCGUUUCUUUUCUCAUCUUAGCUGCAGUGUCAAUUGACCGACUUUUAGCACUAACUCUUCAUCUGCGAUACAACACGAUUGUCACCGUUCCUCGCGUGUUUCAAACAACUAUUGCUUUGUGGAUCUUUUCUACAGUGACCGUUUUACCGAAGUUUUGGAUGGCAAGCAAAUGGUAUUUUAUCCCAAUAGCAUCAACCUUUCUUACAUUUUUUGUCAUCGUGAUAAGUGUCUGGAAAAUAUUCCGAAUUGUCCGAAAGCACCAACAGCAGAUAAAGAACCAAACUAUAGCUGUCAGCCAUCUUCCAGCCAACACAGUAAACUUACUCAAGUGCAGAAAAUCAGCUGUGACAGUGCUUUAUAUCUACGGUUUGUUCUUAAUUUUUUAUCUUCCUUUCAUGGUAUCGCUGUUGAUAAAAAAGUUUGUCGGAUAUACGAGAACAGUAAGGAUUGUCUAUGAGUAUGCUACAACUGCUGUUUUCAUCAACUCUUGUUUGAAUCCAGUUGUGUACUGCUGGAGAAUCAGCGAGAUACGACGCGCAGUGAAAAAUUUUAUAAGAAGAUCAUCCAGUGAAUGACAUGUCUGCCUAUUUACAAAGCUGUCCUGUGCUUUAAAUAGAUAUGAACGUCAAACCAUACGCGCUUUAUUUGCUCGAGUGGAGUGUCAGAAAACUAGCUGGAUAAGCUAAGUGCACUUUCCACUACAAACAAGCCUUUAGGAAGUCCUUUCAAAGUUGAAUUAAUUUAAAGGCUAGCUGAGCGGUCACAAUACAGAAUUUUAAUGUCUUUUGCGUUUUAACAGAGAAGGAUUGUUAAAUGUCUGACUGGGAUUGAGAACUGACAAGAAUGACAAUCAAAAUCGUCCGUUGUCUAAAUUAGAUCAUUCGGCUUUUCGAGAGCUGCCUUUCAAAAGUACGUCAAAGAAGCAAUCGCGAGCACGCAGUUUGAUAAAGAGUCUCUCUAAAUUACGAAUCAGAUGACGCACACCUGGUAAACUAAAUUUCGGAGCUUACGCUUAUUAAAAGAUGUUUUUCCCUAAUUCAAAGCCCCUAUUCCCCCAAGACACACGUUCCGAAUUAAAUAGCGCGAAAAGCAACCUCUACCUCAGUGCUGCUCGUCUCUUAAAGAACUCGAAAAGUUCUUGUAGGUCUAUAGUGACGUUAUCACCAAUGCUGUCCUUGAUUUCUUACAUAUAUUGUUGAAUUUGUAUGUUUCAGUGUAAUUUUUUCCACUUUCUACGGAUAACUGAGAACAGAUUAAACUUGAAAUCACAUUCCAAAUAUCUCGGUUAAGAUGAAUAUUUUAAACUCCAUAUUUGGUCUUUGAAUCCUGAAAUAAUAUAUUGUCUAUCUCUUACUGUAAAAUUUGCAUAAAGGAAACAUUUCCUCAUGGUAAAGGCAUGCUGGUAAUCUAAUAAUAAUAGUUAUAAUUAUAAUUGUAAUAAUAAAAUAAAACUACCAGAAAAUACCACCCUUUCAGCGACAGUAACAAAUCACUUUUGAUGGAAACGCUUAGAAUAAGCUAAAUCCUCACGUAGGAAUUAUAUCCCUUUAGUGUAAGACCAAGCAUUAAACAAAUACACCGUUGCAGCAAAUAUUGCUCACUGAAGUAUUCGUCAUUUUUAAGCAUGUUAACGGGUGGCCAACAUUGUGUCGAGUCCGGAAAACCAAUUGUAAUUGUAGCUGUGAACGAAACAACUAAGUCAAUUUCUUAAUAUAUAAUAAAGCAAGUAAAAUUGGCAGUUAGUUCGGUCAAACUGGCAAUUUGCUUCAAAUAGUUAAAAAAAGAUCUGUAUUUCGUAGUAACGAUUUCUAAAGACCAACAAAGUUCAAGAGAAACAGCUAAAAAAUACUGCAAGUCGAAUCCCGACUCAAUUCUUCAUUUUCUAUCUUCCAUACAUGGUUCUGUUGUUGGUGAAAACAAUUAUCGGGUUCUCGAGAACAGUAAGGAUUGCCUAUGACUAUGCUGCAACAGCUAUUUUCAUUAACUCCUUUUUAAACCCUGUUUUGUACUGUUGGAGAAUCAGCGAGAUACGGCGUGCUGUGAAGAAUAUCAUGAGAAGAAAUCUUGUAUGGUGAAUUCCGGUUUAACGCGGACGGACUCCUUUAAACGUUUUGUAUAACAUUCUUACACUUUCUAUGAAACGUUAAGUCCAACUCGAAGGACCGGGAGCUCUCACGGCUGUUGUUUAGGAUAAGCUUUAUUUGUUUAUCUAAGGUUAAGAAUAACGUAAAUAUUUUUAUGCAUUUCUCCUCAGCUGUUUCUUAACAUAUAUUCCCUCUUGGUAGUUAAUUAAUUUCGCGAGUCUUUUUGCAAUUUUAGAAAAAAUCGCCAAAUUAAAGACCCACGAAUACUGAAAUCCCAUAUAGAAAAUUCAAAUUAUAGGAAAAAAAAAUUAACAAGUAAUAACAGCAAAAUAUACAGAAUAUGCAUCGGUAAAUACUGGCACAUGGAAAUAAUUGAAUACAUUAUAAAUUUUACGUUAAUAAUUAGAAUGUUUGUCACCAAAUAUAUGGCUUAAACUGAAUUCCUUGAGGAAUGUUGUUUCAGGGUCGGGAACCUGCCACUGGCCUGCAGCAUAAAAAGAGCUGUCUCACGAAAUUUAUGAAACUCAGACUGCGAAAACUGCCACCAAAUUGAGCGAAACAUAAAAAUAACCUCUCAAAACGUUAGAAAAAGAUAUAAAUAUCACAACAAAUACACUAAAAAAGAAAAGAUGUUGAAGAAGAUUGAAGCGGAUGCCAAUUCAUGUGGUUUUUGCAAACCGGUUAGCGUAACAGUUUUUUAAAGUUAAGAAUUAUUUGUUGAGAGACAUGUUUGUUUGACACGACGCUGUAAUUUUGUCAUAGGUAAUUUCUCCAGUUCCAAGGCGAACAAGGACGCGUAAUUGGCAUUAUUAACAUCAAGAUGAGCUGGGUAACCGUGACACAACUCCUUUAGGACUCAUGGCUCAAUUUCUCUCUCUGAAAAUCGUCAUUCAAAAAAGAAGAAAAAGAAAAAAAAUUAAAAAGUCGGUCUUCCUAAGUUUACUGUGAAACUGCCACCGAUCUUUCUUUCUUAACGUCUAAUGGUACAAUAUAUUCAGAACAGCAGCUGUUGAACUUAUAACUUCCUGUCAUAAUUUUUUACCUUGAUAAAGAUGACUGAGAACAGAUUAAACUUGGAAUCGCAUUCCGAAUGUCAACGUUUGGAUUGAUGUUUUCCACUCAAUAUUAAUUUGAUCUUCAAAAACCUGAAAUAAUAUGGUGUCCAUCGUAUUGGAAUGCUUAACAUUGUAAAACUGCAUUGUUAUUGAACUGUCAUAUUGAAACAUUCGUCUUGGUAACGGGUAUUUGUGUAGUCUCAUCUUCUGAAUACAAAUAUAAAUGCCCUUCUCACAGGCAUAAAUUAAAAUCUGAUGAUCACUGAAAAGUUUCGAAGCUACACUAAGUACUCGCCUGCCAUUUAUAUGCCUUAAGUGUAGUGCCAAACAUUUACAUCGUUGCAGCAAAUAUUUAUGUUAGAAGUAUUCGUCAUUUUAAGUAUGUUAACGUGUGACCAACAUUGUUGCGAUUUAGGACAACCAAUCGUAAUUGUCACUGUGAGCGAAAACAAGUGGUCCAUUAUUUAUGUUAUGACGUAAGUAUAAAAGUGGCAAUUAGUUUUGAAACCACUGUUCUUUAAACAAGUGCUAUGUUGUAUAUUAGGGAAAUGUUGCAGAAGUGUGUUUGAUCAAUUGAAUCGAUCUCCGUAUGAUUUUCUCACUCGUAAAAAGAGUUUUAGUUGGUAUAUGAGCAUCAGAGGCCAAGAAAAACAAUGAAAAAAAAAAAUCGAAUCCGAACGCUGACUCCAUGAAAAGGGACUAGAUAAAGAAAGACUGGUUUCAAUUCAUCUGGCUCUAGCUGAGAACGGCUUUCUGGCAGCACGCUUUGUUCGCCAUGAACAAUACAGAAGAGGACUGUUUCUUCUUUGAAGAUCAGCUUCACUUUGACAGCACGGAAGAAGUCUUCAUUACAAAUAUUGUGACAUGUAUCCUCAACUCUUUUUUUUCUUUGCUAACAUGCAUAGGAAACUUCAUUGUUGUAUUUGCGAUUGGAAGAACCCGAGAUCUUCAUUCGCCAUCGUUCAUCCUUUUGGGUUGUCUUGCGGUUUCUGAUCUUCUUGUCGGGCUUAUGUGUCAACCGUUAUUUGUGGCACUUAAAAUAGCUGAACUUAAGGAGAAUUUCGCAGUGUUCUGCACAUUGAAAUUGCUUCAGUCUCUAUCAGCUUGGAUAACAGCUGGCGCUUCUUUUCUCAUCUUAGCUACAGUGUCAAUUGACCGACUUUUAUCACUAACUCUUCAUCUACGAUACAACACCAUUGUCACCGUUCCUCGCGUAUUUCAAACAACUGUUGCUUUGUGGAUCUUUGCUACAGUGAUCAUUUUACCGAGGUUUUGGAUGGCUAGCAAAUGGUAUUUUAUCCCGAUAGCAUUAAUCUUUCUUAUAUUCUUUGUCAUCAUAAUAAGUAUUUGGAAAAUAUUCCGAAUUGUUCGAAAACACCAACAGCAGAUAAACGACCAAACUAUAGCUGUCAGCCAUCCUCCAGCCAACACAGUGAACAUAUUCAAGUGCAGAAGAUCAGCUGUGACAGUGCUUUAUAUCUACGGUUUGUUCUUAAUUUUUUAUGUUCCUUUCAUGGUAUUCCUGUUGAUGAAAACAUUUAUCGGAUAUACGAGAACAGUAAAGAUUGUCUAUGACUAUGCUGCAACAGCUGUUUUCAUUAACUCCUUUUUAAACCCGGUUUUGUACUGUUGUAGAAUCAGCGAGAUACGGCGUGCUGUGAAGAAUAUCAUGAGAAGAAAUCUUGUAUGGUCAAUACAGGUUUAA